AUGCAUAUUACUUUACUAGGUCUAGAAAUCACAAAAGAAGACAUCGAUUUACCAUUAUAUGAUCUGGCCGCCAUUAAAAGUGCUACAAGCAACUUCUCUAAUGACAAUAUGAUAGGGGCUGGCGGCUUUGGUCCCGUUUAUAAGGGAAAUCUUCAGACAGGACAGCUAGUAGCAGUCAAGAGGUUAUCAAAGAGUUCCGGGCAAGGUCUUGAAGAGUUCAAGAACGAAGUACUCUUGAUCGCACGACUUCAACACCGGAAUCUUGUGGGACUUCUAGGUUGUUGCAUUGAGGGAGACGAGAGGAUCUUGCUUUACGAGUACAUGGACAACAAGAGCUUGAAUUACUUCAUAUUUGAUCAAGAAAAAAGCCUGUUGUUGACAUGGCAAAGACGGUUUGACAUUGUUGUCGGAAUUGCAAGAGGACUUCUCUAUCUUCACCGUGAUUCCAAACUUCAAGUAAUCCACCGAGAUCUUAAAGCAAGUAACAUAUUACUAGAUGGCGACCUAAACCCUAAAAUCUCAGAUUUUGGCUUGGCAAGAAUCUUCGGAGCUAACGAAAAAGAAGCGAGAACAAACAGAGUCAUUGGAACUUACGGCUACAUGGCCCCUGAGUAUGCUAUGGAUGGGAAAUUCUCUUUGAAGUCGGACAUAUAUAGCUUUGGUGUGCUCCUGUUGGAGAUAAUCAGCGGCAAAAGAAAUAGAGGAUUUUCCCAUCUAAGCCAUCACCACAACCUUCUCGGACAUGCAUGGUUGCUUUGGAGUGAAGGUAGAGCCUUGGAGAUAAUGGAGGUAUGCCUACACAGCUCAUUUGACAGAACCCAAGUGGAAAGAUGCAUUCAAGUGGGCUUGUUGUGUGUCCAAAAUUUCCCCGAAGACCGGCCGUCUAUGUCAUAUGUAAUUUGUAUGAUACUCAAUUGUGGUUUGGUUCUGCCUGAACCUAAAGAGCCCGGUUUCUUCACGGAAAGAAACUCAGAUGGGGCUUCAUCAAAGGGAGACUCACAUACGCAAAAUGUUGUCACUCUGACUAUGCUGGAGGACCAAACCUUUGAGCUAGGAUUCUUUACUCCUGGCAACUCGAGUAAGAGCUACUUGGGUAUAUGGUACAAGUUUAGUCCUAAAAUGGUUGUGUGGGUUGCUAAUAGAAACAACCCGCUAGCGGAUCGUAAAGGCGUUCUCACAUUCACCAAUGUGGGCAAUCUAGUUGUUCUCAACCAGUCGAAUGGUGUGGUUUGGUCUUCGGAGUCAUCCAGGGUCCUCCGGAAUCCGAUUGUGCAGCUCCUGGAUUCGGGCAAUCUUGUUCUUUUGGAUAACUCCGUUUCGAGUUCUGAUGAAUCCUAUUCGUGGCAAAGCUUCGAUUACCCAUCUGACACGCUUUUAGCGGGUAUGAAGCUGGUGUUGAACCUGAAAACAGGUCUCGAACGCCGUCUCACUGCGUGGAAAAGCAUGGAUGACCCUUCUCCUGGAGAUUAUGUCCACGGUUUAAACUACAGUCAGGGUCUACCUCAGUAUGAAGUAGUCCAAGUGGAUAGCCAUAGAAAAAUAUUUCGAACAGGGCAAUGGAACGGAGUCCAAUUUGUUGGCCUUCCCUCUGACUCAAAUCCAGCUUAUGUCCCCAUAUUUGUGUACAAUGAAACUGAGAUCUCCUACAUGUUUGAGGUUCAGAACAGGCAACUUUUCUCGACGAUGAAAUUAAACUAUUUGGGAGUGCUGCAGAUUUUUGUGGUCAAUAGAUCGAAAAGUGCCACGUGGAAUGUCAUGUGUGCGUUCCCUAGUGAUCUUUGCGAUUUUUAUGGCAGCUGCGGUGCUAAUGCCAUCUGCAGCAGUAAUUUGUGCGAAUGUGUGAAAGGGUUCAUGCCUAAGUUGCCUGACGAAUGGGCGGUCCGUGAUUUUUCCGGUGGAUGCAAGAGGACAAUACCCACGAAUUGCUCAAAAGGAGAAGGGUUCUCGGAAAUUAAUAAAGUUAAACUGCCCGACCUGUUAGAGGUAACGCUGAACAGAAGUAUGAGCCUCAAGGAAUGCAAUGACGAGUGCUUGAAGAACUGUUCGUGCGUGGCUUAUGCUAAUUCAGAUAUCACAGGAGACAGUGGCUGCCUCAUGUGGUUCGGGGACUUGAUUGACAUGAGAGUGCUUGAAGAAGGGAACUACGUGCAAACACUAUACGUACGCCUAUCAGCUUCUGAACUAGAUGCCACUCGUGACGGAACCAGGAGGAAGAUAAUAUCAGUAGCUGUCAUAAUGAGUUCAAUCAUGGGGGGAUUGCUUUCGAUUGGAACUGCAUUGUGGGGUGUAACGCAUAAGAAAAGGAGAAUCAGUAUCGGAGGUCUAGAAAUCACAAAAGAAGACAUCGAUUUACCAUUAUAUGAUCUUGCCGCCAUUACAAGUGCUACAAGCAAUUUCUCUAAAGACAAUAUGAUUGGGGCUGGCGGCUUCGGUCCUGUUUAUAAGGGAAAUCUUCAGACAGGACAGCUAGUAGCAGUCAAGAGGUUAUCAAAGAGUUCCGGGCAAGGUCUUGAAGAGUUCAAGAAUGAAGUACUCUUGAUUGCACGGCUUCAACACCGGAAUCUUGUGGGACUUCUAGGUUGUUGCAUUGAGGGAGAGGAGAGGAUCUUGCUUUACGAGUACAUGGACAACAAGAGCUUGAAUUACUUCAUAUUUGAUCAAGAAAAAAGCCUGCUGUUGAUAUGGCAAAGACGGUUUGACAUUGUUGUCGGUAUUGCAAGAGGACUCCUCUAUCUUCAUCGUGAUUCCAAACUUCAAGUAAUCCACCGAGAUCUUAAAGCAAGCAACAUAUUACUAGAUGGCGACCUAAACCCUAAAAUCUCCGAUUUUGGCUUGGCAAGAAUCUUUGGAGCUAACGAAAAAGAAGUGAGAACAAACAGAGUCAUUGGAACUUACGGCUACAUGGCCCCUGAGUAUGCUAUGGAUGGGAAAUUCUCUUUGAAGUCGGACAUAUAUAGCUUUGGUGUGCUCCUGUUGGAGAUAAUCAGCGGCAAAAGAAAUAGAGGAUUUUCCCAUCCAAGUCAUCACCACAACCUUCUUGGACAUGCAUGGUUGCUUUGGAGUGAAGGUAGAGCCUUGGAGAUGAUGGAGGUAUGCCUACACAGCUCAUUUGACAGAACCCAAGUGGAAAGAUGCAUUCAGGUGGGCUUGUUGUGUGUCCAAAAGUUCCCUGAAGACAGGCCGGCUAUGUCAUAUGUAAUUUGUAUGAUACUCAAUUGUGGUUUGGUUCUGCCUGAACCUAAAGAGCCCGGUUUCUUCACGGAAAGAAACUCAGAUGGGGCUUCAUCAAAGGGAGACUCACAUAUGCAAAAUGUUGUCACUCUGACUAUGCUGGAGGGUCGGUAG